CCGUUGAUCCGUUGAUCCGUCGACGGACAUGGAGGUGUCGGUGCCCAUGCUGCUGCUUCUGCCCGUCCUCCUCGCUGGGCUCGUCUCGCGCCCCAGCGCCGUCGCCAACACCAUUGCCAGCUACCCGCCUGACUGUGACAGUUACAGCAUUCCUGGGUGUCCAAGGAACUACGAUCCAGUUUGUGGGACCGAUGGAAAGACCUACGGAAAUGAGUGUGAUCUGUGCUUUUCAAACAGAGAAGAAAACAAGGAUGUUCAAAUUUUCAAGAGGGGAGUGUGCUGAUAUGGCAGAUGGCUACUUUUCAAGAAAAUUAGAGGGAUGGAUAGUCCAAAUGGA